AUGCUGGUAAAGGAGAACCACAGCGUGAUUCUCUACACGGAUGAGGAGAACAUUGAUUUGGUGAAACUCACAAGGGAUGGAGUCUUGACAAACAAAAAAGGCACCUUUCUACAUAAAGACGUAAUAGGAAAGAAGUAUGGUAACAGAAUAUACGAUACUGCCAGUAGAAAUUAUAUUUAUGUAUUGAAAAGAACCCCCGAAUUUAUUGCCCUAAGUUUGAAGAAAAAAACACAAACAUUGUAUGAACAUGAUAUAUCUUUUAUCUGCCUAUUGUGUAAUGCUCUUCCUAAUAAAAAAAUAAUUGAAGCUGGAACAGGCACAGGUUGUCUAACUUACGCACUGGCCAGUUGUGUUUUGCCAAAAGGGAUCAUUCACACGUUUGAAUAUAAUGAAGAACGUUAUGAAGAAGUACGAAACGAAUUCUCCCAUUUCGAAAAUGUGAGAAAUAAUAUUAAAUUUCACCACAGAGAUGUCAUAAAUGAUUCCUUUGGAGAGUUUAAACCGGGGGAAAUAGAUUCUGUCUUUCUCGACAUGCCCAAUCCAUGGCUUUGUGUCCCUAACGUUAAGGAAGUCCUCAAAGAAAGAGGCGUUUUCGUCAUAUUUCUUCCCUGCAUUGAGCAGGUCUACAAAAUUAUUGAAGCAUUAGAAGAGAAUGACUUCUGCGAGAUUGUUACCUACGAGCUGGUAAACAAGUCAUGGGAGAUUAUUCGCAAUAAAGGGGCCGCGUCUGGCUCGAAGCGGGACAGCCAUGUCAACUUCGAGGGGGCUACUCCAACGAGUGACCCUUUGGAUGAGGCGAAGAACCGCCACUCCCCGCUGGAAGGAGCAAACCCAAUGUUUAGACUCCGCCAGAAGGAGAACAAGACGCAUACCGGGUAUUUGAUCUUUUCCAAGAAGCAGCUUAGCGAUGAGAACGAGCAGAUCGAAAUUCAGCUGAAGGGUCUGUAG